AUGCGGAUUUGGGUGAGCCUGAGUGCUACUAUUUUGAGGAGUAUGAGGCUCCAAGAUGAACCCCUCUGUUGUGGCUGCUCACAAGAGGAUUGGACUUCUCCAAAAGUUCAACAAUGGCAAGGGAAAGCCAUUGAGAAGAUGCAAAAGUCCAUGGACAAGAUGGUGAGCAAGAUCAAGAGUUUGGAGAAGAAGGUUUCUGGUUCUUCAUCCAAGAAGAAGAAGACACCCAUGGCUUCACAUUCCCUAGGAGUAGAUCCUCUCACCACUCCAAGGAGACUCCCUGCCCAAGAGCCUCACAGAGCCUCAUCAUUUCGAGCCAAGGAGAAGGAGACAACACGCAGAGAAGGAGGAAGAGUUCCAAGGCCGACGCUCCAACUCGACCAGGACUCGAUCGAGUCCAAACAGAGGAAACUCAACUCGGUCGAGCUGACGGUCGAGUUGACCUUGAGGAGCCAUUCGAGAACCCUGGGUUUGAGUACGACCAGCAGUUACCAGGACUCCCAGAGCAGAUGGAACCCUAUGGCCAGUUCGAGCGAGCCAAGCUCCACCAAGGCCAAGGGAGCCACACACACUUCGAGGAAGAAGAAGAGGAGCCGCAAGCUCGAUCGAGCGCAGAGUGGUCGAUGGAGUGCCCUGAUGGCCGCCUGCCCUCUCCAGACCACGACCUUGCUCCCAGUUCUUUGGGGGGCACUGAGGUCUUUUGGAGCAUUUGGAGCAUUGGGACGUGAGGAGCAAGGAAGGACUUGGUGCAUGGACGCAGCUCAACUGGACACGCAAAGGAAGAAGGAGGAAGCCAUCUUGAAGUCAGCUCGACCACCUACUCGACCGGCCAAGCUUCAACUCGAUCGAGCUGGAGUCAAAGUCAAACCCGAAAAAUGUUGCUUCCCCCUUGACUCCCUUUGA